CCCACCACCCCACAACCGACGAACCCAGAAACCCCUAAAACCCACCACCGCACAACCGACGAACCCAGAAACCCCUAAAACCCACAACCGACGAACCCUAAAACCCCAAAUUCGAAACCCACCUUAUCUGAAAUCCACCACAUCGCCGCGGCCAGGAACGAGGAAGGGGAAGGGGAAAACAGGGAGGGAAAGGGAAAGGGAGGGGGUGGGGUGCCGCGGCCAGGAACGAGAAAGGGAGGGAAGAUGGUGGUGGUUGCGCUAGGGUUUCGGGGAAGGGGUGGCCAGCGCCGGUGUGGCUGAUUUUUUUUUUUUAAUUAUUAUUAUUUUUUUUUUAAUUUUAUAAAAUGUUUUUUUUUAAUAAAUUAAAUUAUUAAAUAAUUAGAUAAAGGGCCCCACUAUCGGAAAACUUAACGGAACUAGACGGAGGUACUGAAACCUAUAGUUUUGUCAUUUUAAAGGUACUAAUUUAAAAUAAAAUUUUAGAUGGGUACUAAAAUUCAAUUACCUCCAUAUUCGAGGUACUAAAAUUCAAAUUUUCCAAAAAAAAUGAGUACAAGCUAAACACUUCAAAGAAACACAAAACCCUAGUUUUAAAAAGAAAAAAGGAAAAAGAAAAAUCGUUCCAAAACAAUAAAAAAAUAAAAAUAAAAAAUCGUUCUCUUUCUUCCUUCCUCCAAAGUCCAACCUAAAAAAAACGCCGGAAUUCGUCGACCCUUAAACCCUUCUUCACCUUCAAGUCUUAAACCCUUUCAUAUCUUCUCUAUUAGCCUUUUUGUUUUUCUCUUCGAUUUUCUCUAAGGUUUUAGUAUUUAGUGUAAGUAAUUGGUUGUAAUGGGAAGCAAGAAGAGAGGUCCUAGUUCUGUAGAGGGGGAAGAAGUUGUUGUAGAAGGUGAAAUUUCUAAUGAAAAGGCGGGUUUGAGUAAGAAGAAUAAGAAGGGGAAGGAUAAGAAGUUGCGAGCUGAAGGUGGAGGGAGUGAUGGACCUUCGACUCCCGUUCCGAGUUCUACUAAACCUAUGGAGAGGAGAAAGAAGAGGAAAUUGUUAGAUAAGGUGAGACAUAGUAGUGCUGUUGAGAGCAAGGAGAUAAAGCCUGUUCAACAAACUUCUUUGUCGAAAAUUGAGGACCCGGGAACCACAAAUGGUCAGCCCGUGUUACAUAUCGAGGUUUUUACUGAGUUGGCAUCAGCUGAUGCUUCUAAAAGAGAAGCCGCUGCUGAGAAAUUGGCGGUUGAGUUGCAGGAAAUCCAGAGGUUUUAUGGACAGAGUGGAAGUAAUGAUGCUGCUCAAGGUAGGCUUCAAUUGGAAGCUGCCAAGGAUGAUGGCCUAGAUAACUGUGCACAACCUGUACGAUAUGCUGUGAGAAGACUUAUUCGUGGUGUUUCUUCAUCAAGAGAGUGUGCAAGACAAGGAUUUGCUUUAGGUUUGACAAUUUUAGUCAAUACAAAUUCUAAGAUUAGAGUUGAUUCAAUACUAAAGCUGAUAGUUGAUUCAUUGGAGGUCACUUCUUCAAUGAAAGGCCAGGAGGUAAGGGAUUGUCUAUUGGGUCGUCUUUUUGCUUAUGGUGCCAUUGCAAGGUCAGGUAGACUGAAGGAAGAAUGGAUUUCUGAUAGAAAUACUCCCUACAUCAAAGAUUUUACAAGUCACCUUAUCGCUCUGGCAUCCAAGAAACGGUACCUGCAAGAGCCAGCUGUUUUGGUGCUUCUGAAUUUAAUGGAGAUGUUGCCUAAAGAAGCUGUGGUAAAUCAUAUCCUUGUUGCUCCUGAACUUCGUGAGUGGUUUGAAGGAGCCACAAGUGUUGGAAAUCCUGACGCCCUGCUUCUAGCAAUUAAAAUUCAGCAAAAGAUUGCCUCUGAUAGUACUGUCUUUGGUAACCUUUUACCUCAUCCAUUCAGCCCAAGCAGGUUUUUCACUGUUGACCAUUUGACUUCAGUUGCUAAUUGCUUAAAGGAGUCAACAUUUUGCCAGCCACGAGUUCAUGGUAUUUGGCCACUCCUGCUCAACCUUCUCUUACCAGAUACAGUUUUGCAAGAUGCUAAUUCCUCAUCAAGUUUAAGUUCAACUAAAAAGAACAAGAAGAGUCGCAGAUCGAGCUCUUCUGAUGAAGAUAUUGUAGAGAGUCUUAGAUGCUUCUGUGAGGUGAUCCUUGAAGGAGCCCUUCUGACCUCAUCACAUGAUCGAAAACACUUAGCAUUUGAUGUUUUACUUCUAAUGCUUCCAAGGCUACCUGCUUCUCAUAUCCCUAUUGUUCUUUCCCAUAAGUUUGUUCAGGGCCUCAUGGAUAUAUUGUCUACCAAGGAUUCUUGGCUGUACAAAGUUGCAGAACAUUUUCUCAAAGAAAUGUUAGACUGGGUUGGCUCUGAUGACAUGAAAAGAGUUUUUGUGGUUGUGGCUCUACAAAAGCAUAGUGGUGGGAGGUUUGACUGUAUUACGCGAACAAAAACUAUUAAAGAUUUAAUAGCUGGUUUCACAACCGAAUCUGGCUGCAUGCUUUUCAUGCAAAAAUUGACCAGCAUGUUUGUCAAUGAAGAUUAUACCUCAGAUGAAUCUUCGGAUCAAAGCCAAACUAUUGAUGACAAUUCUGAGAUAGGUUUAGUCGAGGAUAAGGAUUCUAAUGACAGGUCUACUAAUUCUGAUCUUAUGAAAAGUUGGAUUGUGGAGUCACUCCCAACUUUUCUUAAACAUCUGACACUGGACCCUGAAGCUAAAUUCCGGGUACAGAAGGAAGUGAUGAAGUUUCUAGCUGUGCAAGGUCUGUUUUCCGCAUCACUUGGUACAGAAGUGACAUCAUUUGAAUUACAAGAGAAGUUUGAAUGGCCAAAAACACCCAUCUCAAGUGCUCUUUGCAAGAUGUGUAUUGAUCAGCUUCAGUUGCUGCUUUCUAUUGCUCAAAAGGCUGAGGGGACUCAUAUUUUGACUAAUAGCCUUGAGACAAAUGACCUUUGCUAUUAUUUCAUGCGUUUUCUGGGUACAUUGUGCACCAUUCCUUCUGUUUCCCUUGUUCGGCCCUUGAGCAAUGAAGAUGAGAAGGCAUUUAAAAAGCUGCAGUCUUUGGAAUCGUCUCUUUCAAGAGAGGAGAGAAACUUUGGACUUAGUGCAGAUGCAAACAAGCUACAUGCAUUGAGGUACUUGCUCAUUCAAUUGCUGCUUCAACUUCUCUUGCGGCCUGGUGAAUUCACAGAAGCUGCAUCUGAACUUAUAAUAUGUUGUCGGAAAGCCUUUUCUGUUCUUGAUGCUCCCGAGUCUUCUGGGGAGGAUGAGGCCGAAGAUGGUGAAUCCCCUGAAUUGAUAGAUGUUUUAGUGGACACAUUGUUGUCACUGUUGCCACAGUCAUCUGCUCCUCUGAGAUCCGCUGUUGAGCAGGUUUUUAGAUACUUUUGUAAUGAUGUUACUGAUGAUGGGCUGCUCCGUAUGCUGCGGGUGAUAAAGAAAGAUCUAAAGCCCGCUAGGCGUAAGGAUGCAGAUGGUGUAGAGGGAAGUGAUGACGACGACGAUGAUCUUCUUGAUAUAGAAGAAGCAGAAGAAUCUGAUGAAGCUGAUACUGUAGAAACUGGCUUAGUGACUGAUAAUACUGAGGCUUCAGUUAGAGCUGAUGCAUCAGAUGAUGAACUUUCUGGGGCUUCUGAUGAAGAUGAUUAUUCAGAUGACAACAUGGAUGAUGAGGCUAUGUUUCGGAUGGAUUCCUAUCUUGCAAAGAUUUUUCAGGAACGGAAAAACCAAGCUGGGGGUGACACUGCUCAUGCCCAGCUUGUACUAUUUAAACUCCGUGUUCUUUCCCUGCUAGAAAUCUAUCUUCAUGAGAAUCCAGGUUCAUCAAGGGUCUUGACUGUAUAUUCAAAUUUGGUGCAAGCAUUUGUCAAUCCCAGUACAACUGAAGGCAGUGAACAGCUUGCUCAACGUAUAUGGGGAAUUGUGCAGAAAAAAAUCUUUAAAGCGAAGGAUUAUCCCAAGUCAGAAGAUGUGCAACUCACUACCUUGGAAGGUCUCCUAGAAAAGAGCCUUCGGUUGGCUUCCAGACCUUUCCGGAAAAAGAAAACUGCUGGUAAUGUACCACAGAAGAAGUCAUUUUCCUGGAACCGAUACAAGAUGAUCAAUUCCCUUGCUCAACAAUCGACAUAUUGGCUCCUAAAGGUUAUUGAGGGAAGAAAAAUAUCCGAGUCCGAUCUCAAUGCUGUCUUUGAAAGUUUCAAGGAAGCCCUAACCAAAUAUUUCGAAACCAAGAAGUCCCAACUAAAGCCUGAGUUCUUAAAAGAAGUAUUCAAGAGAAGGCCCUGGGUUGCACGGCAACUUUUUGGAUUUCUUGUGGAAAAAUGUGCGGAUGCGAAGUCUGAUUACCGUCGAGUAGAAGCACUAGAACUAGUGUUGGAAACCUUGAAGUCAGAAAGUGAAGGGGAGGCGUCAAAGACGUUUUUGAAAGCUCAUACAUCUAAACUGAGUCACUUGAUAAAACAGUUGGCAAGGCAUAUGCCGGAGAAGCAGUCAAGACGGGCUGAUGUAAGGAAGUUUUGCAGUAAGGUCUUCCAGAUUAUAUCGACCCACAACAUGACUAAAUCAUUUCUUAAGACAUUAGAGCCCGAUGAUCAUGCUGCUUGCGAGACUCACUUUGGUGAGUCAUUUCUUGCUUUGAAGAAAUGAGAUGCAAUAUUAAGUCAGUAUUUGUAAAAUUCUGGGUUUCUGAUAAUCGUGAUACAGAAUGAACAUGGUACGAUUUUCACCAUGAUCGGGGUUACACUCCGGGAAGUUGGUAUGCUGUCCCCGUGAUCAGAAGUUUUGGUUGUGUUUACUUCUCGCUUUCUACCAACAGUCUGUAGCAUUCCAGACUUCCAGUUUUGUUACUUGAGCAUAGAGAAUUUUAUGGUUACAUUCAGAGAUCUUUUUCUUUCAUAAAAACAAAGAUUACUUGAUGUUUGUUUCCAAUUAUAGAUAGUUCGUCUUAUGGGAAAGUCUAAUUAAUUAGUACACCCGGAAAUACCCAAUAUUAUUCAUCUGAUCCUAGAAUUUUUACCAA